AUGAAAUAAUAAUACAUAAAAGUAGAGUCAAUUAUAAGUUCAAUAGUAAAUAAAUAUGACGAUUUUUUGGGAUAUCAAGAUACACUUAAUAAUAUUUUGAAGUUUAUCCCCCAACCUACAGCCACUGAUUAAGAUGACCAUAAUUAAUAAAAGUAUGUAGACGAUAUUAAGAAAUUAAAACAUAUUGUUUACGAACUUUUAGACUUCCCUUAGAAGUAUAAUUGUCUGUAAAAUUCUAUUUAAGAUAUUAUAGAUGACUACAAUAAAGUACAUAUGGAUUUAAAUAACCAUAUUAAUAAUUUAAUCUAGCUCACUUAUAAUAUCGAAUAAGAAAACCUUGGAGAUAAUUUCUAAAAAUUGAAUGAAAUUUCAAAUAAUUUAGAAUAAUGUAAAUUUGAUGGCUAAAACUUACAAUAAACUUUAUUUAAUAUGGAUAAAGUUAGCGAUUUCAUUAAAGAAUAUUUUUCUACAUGUUAUGGUUAAUAAUUAAGUAAUUUAAAAAGCAAAUUAGAAGAUUACAAAGAAGAAUUAGAAUAUGAAAUUCAACAAAGUGACUUAGAACAAAAAUAGGUUUUAAAACAUUAUUAAGAAGCCAGUUUGUAAAUCACCUAGAAAAAUGCAAUUAUUUAGACACAUUUGACACAAUAAUAGCUUUUUAAAAAAGAUAUUUAUGAAAUUCAAUUAAAAAUAAAAAAACUUGAAGAAAAUAUGCAGAAAAAAAUCAAUGGAGUUGGUGAUUCAAAUACUUAAUAACUAUAGCAAACCUUUUAAUAAGAAGUAUAAAAUUAAAAGAUAUAAAUAAAUGAUUUGAUAAUAAAAAAAGAGUCUUAAAAUUCUAAAAUAGAAGAAUUAAGAACACAAAUAGGAUUUAUAAAGCUUGAUUUCUUAAAUAAAAUUAUACAAUUGACUUGGAGACUUGAAUAAACAGAUAUAGAAGAAGAGCUUUCCAAAAAGUUAAAGUCUAUACAAGAUGCUUACUAAACGAAUAUUAAUGAAAUUUAAUAAAAAAUUAAGGAAGCAAAUAAAAAAAUCUAAGAUCAACAACUAAAACAGGAAAAAACUUAUAUCUAACUUGGUUUUUAAAAUUAUCAACAUUUUAAAAAAUUUAAUUGUUUUUAUGAUACUGUCAAAGACAUAUAUUUUUAUUACAUUAAUCUUAUUUAAGAUAUAUUAAGUUUAAUUAAAUAGUUAUCAUUCCAAAACUAAGCUUUUCAAGAAUCAUAAAAAAAUUUUGAAAUGUAUCGAGAGGAAUCAAACAAUUUAUUAUACUAGCAUGAUGUGUUUACACGAUUCAAAUAAAUAGAUCAAAGCAUAAAUCAAGUAGAUUCUUUUAGUUCCAUCAAAAAGAUUUUAUUCAUAAUAAAUAGUUCUAUUGAAUAAAAGUGUAAAGAGGAAAAAUAAGAAGCUUUUUAUGAUCAUGUAAUCAGAUCUAUUUCUUUUUAUAAAAUAAUUAAAAAUUUCGUUGAUUUAAGCAAGAAAGAAUAAGAUUAAUAUUUUGUGAAUGAUAUUAUCCCUGAAAUUAUAAGAGUACCUAAUAAUUUAAGAAAACUUGAAAAUAGAAAUAAAAUUUUUCUUGAAAAAAUAAGAAAAAAACAAAAGAUUAUUACAAAUUUAAAUGAUGAUUUGAAGGAGGAAGUAGAUAGUUAAAAAAAAUAGGAAAUUCAAGAAGAAAUCAAAGAAUGUGAAAAUGAUUUGAAAGAAAUGAAUACAGACUUUGAAGAAAUUUAAGAAGAAUUAGAAGAUAUCAAACAUGAAUUUGAAACAGAUAAUUCAGAUUAAAUAAAUAUUAUUAAAGAUGUUGUGUUUGCUUUGAAAAAUGCAAAUAAUUUUGCUUUAUUGGAAAAAAAAAAAUAUGCAAUUUAAGCCUCAUUUAAUUAAUUGUUGAAAAGAGAUUAGAGUUUCAUAAAAGCACUUAAAUAAUACAAAACUCUUGCAAUAGAAUGCGGAUCUAAAAAUUGA